UAUUGUUCAUUUAAAAAAUCCGAUAUUUUUAAAUAUUGUAGUUUUGAGACAAGUAUUGCCUAACAAUGUGUCUCUUUAAAUAGUAUUUAAUGUAACUGUAUUAUUUAAAUUCAUAUAACAAUGUGGUCAUUAAAAAAAAAUACCAUUCAAGUGUUUUUUGUCCUUACUGAAGAUAGGACAGAUAUUGAAAAUAUGUCUGAAACUAUGCAGCUGGCAUUGCAAGAUUGCAUUAACCAUGAACUUACUACUAAUGUGAUCACUGAGUCAGAUGUUUGUAAUAUGAAAUCAUUGAAAAAAAGUCAAGUUUUUGUUUAUGAUAAAUUUGAAGGACCUGCUUUUCGACAUAUUUUAAUAGCUGCUAAACAAAAUAAAGCUGUAAUUGUUAGUCCAAUAUGCUUAAGAACAUGUUUUAUUGAAGCAAUUUCCAUACCAGAAAAUAAUUCACCAAUAUAUACGAUGGCAAUGCGAGACGUUGUACUUAGUAUUUCAAAUCUAAGUCCUAAAGAAAAAGAAAGAGUAAAGGAAAAAGUUGAAUAUAUGGGUGGAAUUUUCUCUCAUAAUUUACGAGACAGUACUACUCAUUUAAUGGUUGGAAAAGCAGGAUCUCAAAAACAUAUUAAAGCUAUUGAAAAUGGAAUAAAUAUUAUGACUGAAGAAUGGGUUGAUGCUGUUUGGGAAGAAAGUUUAAUAUGUAACGUAGUAGCCACAGAAACUAAGUUUGAUAAAUACAAAUGUCCUCCAUUUUAUAAACUUGAAAUAACUACUUCUGGAUUAGAAGGAAAAGAUAGAGAAAAAAUUAUUUCUCUAAUUAAUGCAAAUGGUGGCAAAUAUACCCCUCAAAUGAAGAAAGAUGAAACUAACAUAUUGAUCAUAAUGAAACCAACAGGCCAAAAGUAUACUUAUGCACAACAAUGGGGUUUAUUUUGUUUAAAGCCAUCUUGGAUUUAUGACAGUGUUGUAAAGGGUUACAUAGCUGAUACUCAAGACUAUAUUGUCAAAAAUACAAUGCUAAGUUCAACUCCUGCCUCAUCAAAUGUUAAACCUAACUUUUCUCAAAAUGACAUAAGUGAAAUUGUUGCUGAACCAAAAUCUACAGUUGAAGAAACAAUAAAUAACAGUGAAUUGCUAAAGCGCCAAAAAAUUAAUAAUCAUGGAUCACAAGAGAAUUGUACUACUCCAAAAAAAAAUAAUGGGCAAUAUCACUCAAAACAAAUAAAUUAUAAAGAUAUUUUAAAUGAUUUAAGUUUGGCAGAAGUUAAAAAAGCAGGCACAAUUUUGGAUGGUUGUAAAAUUUAUUUUAGUGGAUUUAGUUUAAGCGAAGAAGAAAAAUUAAAACGUAUUGUAAUUUCUACUGGCGGAAUUAGAUAUACAGAGCUAAAUGCAUCUAUAACCCAUAUUUUAGUUGGUGAUUUUUCUGCAUCACUUGCAAAAUUAUUACACUCUAUUCAAGAAAAGCCUCAUGUAGUGAAUUUUAAUUGGUUACUUGAAAGUAUAAAUUUAAAAUGUACUGCUCCAGAAGAACAGUUCUUAGCUAUGGAUUCAUCUCAUUCAUUUACACCAGAAUCUCCAUCUCCUCUCAGUAAAAAGGGAUUGUACAUGAUGAAAAAUUCUACACUUUCUCAACCAAAAGUUGUAGAUAAACCUAAACUACUAACUUCAGCUGUAACCAGUAAUCCGCCAUUGGAUAAUUUUAUUGAUCAAUAUUUAAAUGUUGAAAACACUAAUUUUAAUGAUACUCAAAGCGAAAAAUCUUCUUGUACAACACAAGAUACUAUGUCCACUCAAGACAGUAAACUUGAAUCUGUAUUAGAAGGAUUAACUAUCCUUCUGCAUGAUUUGGAUUCUCAUCAAUUGCCAUCCAUAAAAAGUAAAAUAAUAUCUAUGGGCGGUGUAGCAGUUAAUACACGUAGUUAUCGAGGAAAAAUUAAUUAUGUUGUUGUUCCUAUUGUAUUCAAUGAAAAAUCUUUAAGUAUUAAAGCCACCAUAGUUAGUUGUCUUUGGAUAGAAGAUUGUUAUAAUAAUGUUGAACAAAUUCCUGUUGAAUAUUAUCAUAAACCAGUAAAUUUUAGUGGGUCUACUCCUCUAAAAAACUGCGUAAUUAGCAUUACCAAUUAUACAGGAUCUGAACGGUAUUUUUUAAAAGAAGUUUCACUACUUCUUGGAGCAAAUUUUCAAGAUGCAUUGUCAAGAAAAUCAAAACCAGAUGAGAACAUUAUGAUGACAACUCAUCUUAUUUGUUCUACACCAGAAGGGCCUAAAUAUGAAGCUUCAGUAAAAUGGGGCGUACCAGUUGUAUCUAAAGAAUGGCUACUUAAAUGUGUUUCAUGCAAACAUCGUUUACCAGAAAAUAAAUUUCCAAUUGUUUCCAAUGCUAAUAAAUCUUCAUCGCUGGAUUCUACAGUUACUCCAUCUUCUAAAGUUAAAAAUGAUAAUCAUAAUGAUAGCUCUUCAUCAUUUACUCAAAAAUUAACAAUACUUGCAUUACAAGAAAAUGAUGUUGAUUCUGAAUUAGCUGUACCACUUAAAGAUACUGAGGAUGAUAUUGAACCACCUCUAAAAAAAAAAUGUUCAAUGGAAAUUAUGAUUCCUACCUCUCAAGUUUUAGAUUCGCCUUCAAACAAAUUUAAGCCAGCAAUAACUCGUUUAAAAUCAAGUUGUUCCACGCCAGUUGCUUCAAAUAGUUUCAUUGAGAAUUUAAAAACUCCAGAUACUCCAUAUGGACAAAUAUUUUAUAAUGACCCUGUUACACCAGAAACAAAAAAAAAAUGGAAAAAAUGGGUAGACACUUUUCCAGAUAGUUCUGAUGAACUAUCACAACCCAAGUUAAAAAAUCGAAAUAGCACACCAUUAACCGAGCUUAAGCGCCAAUUAUGGAAUAAAUCUUUACAUCCACAAUAUCCACAUGCUAAUACUAGUCAACAAAAAGAAACAAAUGACAUAAGUUCAAUAAACACUAAUUCAAAUGAUACAUUGAAAAGUUUAAGUUUGUCAUACCAUUCUCCAAGUAUGUCAAAGAGCUUGCAUAACACAUCACAAAUAUCAAAAGUUCAAAAUAAUAAAUCUAAUACUGUAUCACCAAAUAUUGAUAUUAAACAACAAUCAUUAGAUAAACAAGAAUUUAGGAGAACAAUAGAAGAACUCCAACAAGAUCUAUGUGCAUCAAGAGAACCAGAAAUUCCUCUUUCCCGAUCAGAUUCUGAAAGUCAAGAUGAUUAUGCAAGAAAUUCUCUAUUUAAAGAAAGAGUUGUAGAAUCAUCUCAACAAUGUUCUGUUGGAUGGGAAGAUCCAACUGAACAACAAGAAAAAGCCAGACUAAAAAGACUGUCCGAAUGCAAUAAAAAGUUUAUAUUAACCAGCGUGAAUAGUAAUGAGCGACAAAAGUAUGAAAAUGCUAUUGAAAAACUUGGUGCUCAAGUAUUGCGAAGUGCAAUUUUUUGUGAAGAUGUUACUCAUGUUCUUAUGCACCAACCCAGUAGAAGUGAAAAAUAUUUAUGUUCACUCGCUUCUGGAAAAUGGAUAUUACAUCCGAGCUAUAUUGAUGAUUGUUUAAAGGAAAAUUGUUUUCUGUCAGAAGAUAAAUAUGAAUGGGGAAAUCCUUUAUCUGACUUAACUUUAUCAACACCAUUACACGGAGCAGGUUAUCGAUGGCGUUCUAAAAUUCGUUCUGGUAAAGCCGCAGCAUUCAGUGGUAUGAAAGCUGUUUUAAUGACUUCUGAAAAUAGAUAUCAAGCUUUAACGCGUCUUAUACAAGCAGGUGGUGGAACGAUAUUGGAUAAAAAAGAACUAUUGCAGUCUACUCAUUGUAUUGUUGACCAAGGGUUUGGGAAUAUUCCUGUUCCUUUAAAUGAAAUUGCUGUCAAGGGUAUAUUACUAUUACCAGCUCCAUUUUUGGCUGAUUUUCUUAUUAAAGAUCCAUCACCAGAUCCUAAAAAAUGUCUAAUACCUGAGUACCAAGCUUUCUACAAUAGAUUAGCACCCAGUACGUAACAUAAUAAUGUGAUUGUUAAAUAUAUAAUAACUUUGUUAUUUUUUAUCUAUAUCAGACAUACAUUAU